AUGCGCCUCUUGAGCUUCUUCGUCCUGUUUAUCGCCCUGGCGUCGGCGGUGUGCGCUUCGCCCCACCCCUUCCCGCACCCCUCUUUUCCCAGCGGUGGCGAGACCACCAGCCGUGGCUUCGAGGACUCGUCUUCCGCCCCCGCCGUCACGGGCUUCUCAACGCUCAUGGGACCGCCUGGCCAGUGGCUCUACGUCUACGGCUCCAACUUCCUGACCGGACCCGGCAACACCAGCCUCUACCUGGUCUCGGCCCUGUCGCCUGACUCCAUCUCCAACCCCGUGCCCCUCCACGUCUACGACUCCAACUCCUUCGGCUUCACCGACGGGAAGAGCGAGCCCUCGAAGCAGGUGUUUGCCAUCGGCGUGCCCAUCAACCCGCCGACCGUCAGGGGCUUCUCGCGCACCUCCGGCGGGAACGAUUGCUGGCUGUAUGUCUACGGUGAUAACUUUGUCGUGGGCCAGACCCAGGUGCACAUCGGCGGCGUCAUUCCGACCAGCGUUGCCAUCUACGACACCCAGUCCAUUGGCCUCACGGUGCCCAAGCUGCUCAAGUGCGCCGCCGAGCCGGUCACGGUGACGGUGGAGACGCCCAAUGGCAAGGCCACCUCGACCGCGACCUACACCGUGCUGCCCAACCAAUCCGGCGGCUUCUGCUGA